AGAAAAAACAUAAUUAAAAAAAAAAAAAGAAAAGCGAAAGCGCUCGUAAGAACGCCAUUCGUCAAACUUGCUUUCCGGCGACAGAUUUCAAAAAGGAAGUGUUAUGCGAGAGAGAAAGAAAAGAAGUGAAUUAGACAAGAUUAGAGGAAAGAAUUUGAAAGCAAGAGAUGCGAAACCAACACAAUGAUGCAAGGACUCCAUCACCAGCAACAACAACUAGCAGCGCUACUCUCCGUCGCUCUUUCCAAGGACGACUCCACUUCUUCUGCGACAAUAACUACGACAGCAACAGUAACAGCCACAACAACCGCAACGGUAGCUUCAUUAGCAACAACAACAACCACCACGCCCAGUGGCGGCUCCAAUUCAGUAGACGAGGACUCGGCUCGGCUUGGCGCCAUCACCUCACUCCACCGCUUGGUUCUCUAUCCUCCUAACUCUGUUCUCAUCACUCACUCCGCUUCCUUCCUCUCACAAGGCUUCUCUCAGCUUCUAACCGACAAGUCAUAUGCAGUGAGGCAGUCUGCAGCAGUUGCUUAUGGUGCACUCUGUGCUGUGGUGUGUUCAAUCCCUAUAGGAUCAAAUGGUCGGCAGAACCAUGUUAUGCUUGGCAGUAUGGUGGAUCGGUUCAUUGGUUGGGCUUUGCCAUUGCUUAGCAAUGUCAGUGCUGGAGAUGGGACCACAGAACUGGCUUUGGAAGGAUUACGUGAGUUUCUUAGUAUUGGGGAUGUUGGUGGGAUUGAGAGAUAUGCUUUACCAAUCCUCAAAUCAUGCCAGGAACUUCUUGAGGAUGAGAGAACCUCCUUGAGUUUGUUACACCGACUUUUGGGUGUUUUAACUUUGAUUUCGUUGAAGUUUUCUAGAUUCUUCCAACCUCAUUUUUUGGACAUCAUUGAUCUACUUCUUGGGUGGGCAUUGGUACCAGACCUUGCGGAAUCAGAUAGGCGUGUUAUUAUGGACAGUUUCCUGCAAUUUCAAAAGCACUGGGUGGGUAGUUUGCAAUUUUCGCUUGAGCUUCUGUCUAAGUUCUUGGAUGACAUGGAUGUGCUACUUCAGGAUGGUAGUCAUGGGAACCCACAACAAUUUCGACGAUUGCUUGCGCUGCUUUCUUGCUUUUCAACAGUACUGCAGUCCACUGCUUCUGGGUUACUCGAAUUAAAUCUACUUGAACAAAUCAGCGAACCAAUUAGCAAAAUGCUUCCUCGGUUGUUGGGAUAUUUAUCUAUGGUUGGAAGGAAGUUUGGUUGGUCACUGUGGAUUGGGGAUUCGUGGAAGUGCUUGACUCUCUUGGCAGAAAUAUUAUGUGAAAGGUUUUCCACCUUUUAUCCACUUGCGGUUGAUGUUCUGUUUGAAAGUUUGCAGCCCCUCGGAGCUGCGAAGAUUACCUCUUUUCAAGUUCAUGGGGUUUUGAAAACCAAUCUUCAGCUAUUAUCUCUGCAGAAAUUUGGUCUUCUUCCAUCAUCUGUGCAAAAAUUGCUUCAAUUUGAUGAACCGAUAUCUCAGCUACGUUUGCAUCCAAAUCACUUAAUAACAGGGAGUUCUGCUGCUACUUAUAUUUUCUUGCUUCAACAUGCUAAUGAUGAAGUUGUUCAACAAGCAGUAAGCUCAUUGAUUGAAGAGCUGCAGUUGUUGAAGGGCCUGCUUGGAAAAACUUUUGGUCAUGGUGAUGAGGUGGAUAGUGCCACAGAUUUUAAACCCUAUUCAAAACUUGAGUUGUUUGCAUUUAUUAAAUUUGACUUGAAAGUUCUGUUAACCUGUGUUUUCGUUGGUGGGGAUAUCAGUUUGAUUGGUCAACCAGAUGUUGCUGCCAUAUAUCUAAAACGGUCAGAAAAAUUGGGAGACUUUAUUAUGGAGAAACUAAAUCCCUUUGAAUCGACUAUUCAGGAAUCUGUGGAAUUGCAAGUCAGCAUUAUCAAAGCAUUGGAGAGGCUAACUGCAGUUGAAUUCUUGAGCAAUAUUUCCUUAUUAAAACAGAGUAGCAAUAAAGCUUCUGUGGAUGGUGCUUUCGAGAAGGACCAAAAUGGUAGUGGUUUCAGGGAUAGGUUUUCAGCUGUGAUUGUUGAUCAUAUGAGGAAGAACAAAGAGCUCGUGGUGAAAGCUCUCUAUUUUUCUUCUCCCCUUGCAGUUAAAGUAGCAGCUCUUGAAUGGAUUAAAAAGUUCUGUGAGAAUCUUAUUUCUAUUAAUGAGAAAUCAAAUCUGAACUCUUAUUUUUAUGAAGCAUUUGGAUAUGUUAGUAUUUCCGAGAAUAUGGUGUUCUUAGUUUUGGAAGCUGCAUCUGACAAGGAACCAAAUGUGAGGUCACAUGUUGCAUCAGUCUUGGAGCUGCUUCUGCAAGCAAGACUGAUACAUCCCAUGUAUUUUUCCUCUAUAGCUGAAGUGCUUCUGGAAAGAGUUGGUGAUCCUGAUAUUGACAUAAGAAGUGCAUUUGUUAGGUUGUUUUCCCAUGUCUUGCCAACAAUGAUGUACACUUGUGGUCUAAAUGAUUCUGGAGUGUGUGGCACAUGUAGGCCUGGUUUUCUUAUAUUAAGCAAUGGUUCCAACCUGCACUGGAAGCAAGUAUUUGCCUUGAAGCCACUACAUUGGCAACUUCACUCGCAGCAGCUUGUUUCCAUUUUGAGCUACAUUUCACAAAGAUGGAAAGUGCCUCUUUCUUCUUGGAUUCAGCGGCUCAUUCAUAGCUGUAAGAGUUCAAAAGACUAUGCUUUGGCUCAACAUGAGGAAACAGGAAGCAUUGGUGUCAAUGACUUAUGGUUGGAUAUAAAAGUGGACGAGGAUAUUCUGGAAAGAAUUUUCUCAGUUAAUAACCUGGCUGGUGCUUGGUGGGCUAUACAGGAAUCGGCAAGAUAUUGUAUUGCAACGCGCCUUAGGACUAAUCUGGGUGGGCCAACCCAAACUUUUGCAGCGUUAGAGCGAAUGCUUUUGGAUGUUGCACAUGUGCUACAACUUGAUACUGAACAAAUUGAUGGAAACUUAAGUAUAAUUGGCUCUUCUGGUACUCAUUUGUUACCAAUGAGAUUGCUUUUAGAUUUUGUUGAGGCCCUAAAGAAAUAUGUGUAUAAUGCCUAUGAGGGAUCUGCUGUUUUACCACCUGCUACUCGUCAAAGUUCAUUGUUUUUUCGAGCAAACAAGAAAGUCUGUGAGGAAUGGUUUUCUCGCAUAUGUGAGCCGAUGAUGAAUGCUGGAUUGGCACUACAGUGUCAUGAUGCAACAAUUCAGUAUUGUACUUUGCGUCUGCAGGAACUUAGAAAUCUAGUGGCUUCAGCCCUGAAAGACAAGCCCAGGGCACAGGCAGCUGAGAAUCUUCAUAGUCUUCGGAGUAGAUAUUCCGGAGAGAUCUUGCGGGUUGUACAGCACAUGGCACUGGCUUUGUGUAAGUCUCAUGAAUCAGAGGCUUUAUUUGGCCUACAAAAGUGGGUUUCAAUGACUUUCUCAUCCUUACUUGUGGAUGAACACCAGUCUCUAAAUCACAGUGGAAUAGUCAUGCCCUUUUCGUGGAUCACUGGGCUUAUAUAUCAGUCUGAGGGCCAGUAUGAAAAGGCCGCUGCUUACUUUGCUCACUUGUUACAGACUGAGGAGUCACUCAGUUCUCUGGGUUCUGAUGGUGUACAGUUUGCUAUUGCACGUAUAAUUGAGAGUUACACUGCUGUAUCUGAUUGGAAAUCUUUAGAAUCCUGGCUAUUAGAGUUGCAAACACUUCGUGCCAAGCAUGCUGGGAAGAGUUAUUCUGGUGCAUUAACAACAGCAGGCAAUGAAAUAAAUGCAAUUCAUGCCUUAGCCCAUUUUGACGAGGGUGAUUUUCGGGCAGCUUGGACAUGCCUGGACCUGACACCGAAAAGUAGCAGUGAACUCACACUUGAUCCCAAACUGGCCUUGCAAAGGAGUGAUCAAAUGAUUUUACAGGCAUUGCUUCUUCUGUCUGAGGGGAAGGUAGACAAAGUGCCACAUGAAUUGCAGAAGGCCAAAACAAUGCUGGAUGAAAUAUUAUCUGCUCUGCCACUUGAUGGAUUAUCAGAGGCAGCAGCACAUGCCACCCAGAUGCACUGCAUCUUUGCAUUUGAAGAAGGCCAGAAGUUUAUGGCAAAUCAAGCAAAAUCCAAUCAAUACCAGUCAAUUUUGAGUUCAUAUGUCCUCUCAAUGAAGAAUGCAAUUAAUAGUGUUCAUCAAGAUUGUAGUCCAUGGUUAAAAGUUCUCCGUGUUUAUAGAAAUAUUUUACCAUCCUCAUUGGUUACUUUGAACCUCUGUAUGAAUUUGUCAAGUUUGGCUCGUAAACAGAAAAACACAGUGUUGGCAAAUCGUCUGAACAACUAUCUCAGAGAUCAGUUGUUGAGUUGCUCUGAGGAGAGAUACCGUGAAUUCUUGGUAUCAAAAUUGCAAUAUGAGGAAAUCCUGCUACUGUAUUCUCAAAACAAGUAUGAAGACGCUCUUCUGAAACUCUGGUCCUUUGUGAGCCCUCUGAUGCUUUCUUCUGGAUCAGGUGUUUCCAGUUGUAGUGAUAGUUAUUUGAAAGCCAAGGCGUGCUUGAAACUCUCAAAUUGGCUGAGACGGGAUUACUCUGACUUGAGUUUAGAAAAUAUUGUUCUGAAAAUGUGUGUAGAUUUUAAUAUGGCAGACAUCUCUUCAUUUGCCGGAGGUGGAACCUCCUCUGUUGAUGAGAAUCUAAGCUCUAAACCAAGUGUAGUUAUCGAGGAAAUAGUGGGUACUGCUACUAAAUUGUCGACACAUCUUUGUUCCACCAUGGGCAAGUCGUGGAUUUCAUACGCAUCUUGGUGUUUCAGUCAGGCAAGAAACGCUCUUUUGGCCCCACAUGAAUCUGCAUUCCAUUCGUGUUCUUUUUCUCCUUUACUUUCUGCAGAAAUUGUACCAGAAAGAUUCAAAUUAACUGAAGGUGAGAUUGUAAGAGUGGAAUCUGCAAUUGUGCGGCUUUUUCAGGAUAAGGGUGUUGAGAGGGGCUUAAAGGAUGAAGGAGAUGGUUGGAAUGUUUGGCUUGAUUCUGUUGAACAUUUGAGAAAUGAAAACCUUAUCAAGCCUUUGACGCAGCAAGUAGUUGAUAUAAUUGAAGCUGCAGCUGGGCUGUAUAGUGAAAAAAACUCUAAUGGUGAAUGUCUUUCCACCACUGUAGCUUCUCAGUUGCAGCUUUGCUUUGCACGUGCAGAUGUUGGCCUAGAAGAAACUGAUGUGUUAUCUGUAGUUGAUAGCUUAGUUGAUGUUUGGUGGUCUUUGAGGAGGAGAAGAGUCUCAUUAUUUGGGCAUGCAGCACAUGGCUUUAUAAAAUACCUAUCAUAUUCAUCUUUGAAGCUUUGCAAUGAUCAGUUGUAUGGUGCUGAUAGUGAUUCAUUGAAGCAAAAAACUGGAAGCUACAUAUUAAGGGCUACAUUAUAUGUCCUACAUAUUCUUCUCAAUUAUGGAGUGGAGUUGAAAGAUACACUUGAACCUGCUCUUUCUAUGGUUCCUUUGCUGGCAUGGCAGGAAGUGACACCUCAAUUGUUUGCACGGUUGAGUACACAUCCCGAGCAAGUGGUUCGGAAGCAAUUAGAGGGCUUACUGAUUAUGUUGGCCAAACUUUCUCCUUGGUCUAUUGUGUUCCCAACACUAGUUGAUGUAAAUGCAUAUGAAGAGAAGCUAACACAGGAACUUCAACAUGUACUUGGUUGUUUGAAAGAACUUUACCCAAGAUUGAUUCAGGAUGUUCAACUCAUGAUAAACGAGCUUGGAAAUGUUACUGUUCUUUGGGAGGAGCUAUGGCUCAGCACACUUCAAGACCUUCAUGGAGAUGUGAUGAGGCGCAUAAAUGUGCUUAAAGAGGAAGCUGCAAGGAUUGCAGAGAAUGCCACACUCAGCCAAAGUGAGAAGAGGAAGAUAAAUGCAGCUAAAUACUCAGCCAUGAUGGCUCCCAUUGUUGUGGCAUUGGAACGCCGUUUAGCUUCAACUUCUCGGAAACCUGAAACUCCUCAUGAAAUAUGGUUCCUUGAGGAGUAUGGGGAACAACUGAAAUCAGCCAUCUUAAAUUUUAAGACUCCUCCAGCAUCUGCAGCUGCUCUUGGAGAUGUUUGGCGACCAUUUGAUAACAUUGCUGCAUCCUUAGCAUCUCACCAGAGAAAGUCAUCAGUUUCUUUAAGCAAAGUUGCACCACAAUUGGCCCUAUUAUCAUCUUCUGAUGUUCCAAUGCCUGGUCUUGAGAAGCAAGUCACAGCAUCUGAAACUGACGGAGGUCUUGCUGCGACUCUCCAGGGAAUUGUUACGAUCUCCUCUUUCUCUGAGGAUCUGACUAUCUUAUCAACAAAAACAAAACCUAAGAAACUUGUUAUACUUGGUUCAGAUGGAAAGAAGUAUACUUAUCUAUUGAAAGGCCGAGAAGAUCUCCGUCUUGAUGCUAGAAUCAUGCAAUUGCUGCAAGCUGUAAAUAGUUAUCUUCAUUCAACUCCAGCAACUCGUAGUCAGUCACUUGGCAUUCGCUAUUAUUCUGUGACUCCAAUCAGUGGUCGGGCUGGCCUUAUCCAGUGGGUUGACAAUGUAAUAAGUAUAUAUAGUGUCUUUAAGUCAUGGCAAACACGUGUUCAGCUUGCCCAACAUUUUACAGUGGCUGCUGGCAACACAAAAAAUUCUGUUCCUCCGCCCAUUCCCCGGCCUAGUGAUAUGUUCUAUGGCAAGAUCAUACCAGCACUGAAAGAGAAAGGCAUUAGGAGAGUAAUUUCAAGAAGAGAUUGGCCUCAUGAAGUUAAGCGUAAAGUUCUUCUUGAUCUGAUGAAGGAAGUUCCUCGACAGCUUCUUCAUCAAGAACUUUGGUGUGCUAGUGAAGGGUUCAAAGCCUUCAACUCAAAAUUGAAAAGGUAUGCUGGAAGUGUUGCAGCUAUGAGUAUGGUGGGCCACAUUCUGGGCCUUGGUGAUAGACACUUGGAUAACAUUCUUGUGGAUUUUUCUAGUGGGGAAAUAGUACAUAUUGACUACAAUGUGUGUUUUGAUAAAGGCCAAAGACUAAAAGUUCCAGAAAUCGUUCCCUUCCGUCUUACCCAGACAAUUGAAGCCGCUUUAGGGUUGACUGGAAUAGAGGGUACUUUCAGAGCAAACUGUGAAGCAGUGAUGAGUGUUCUGAGGAAAAACAAAGAUAUACUCCUGAUGUUACUUGAGGUCUUUGUGUGGGAUCCACUUAUAGAGUGGACGCGGGGAGAUUUUCAUGAUGAUGCUGCAAUUGGUGGUGAAGAAAGAAAGGGCAUGGAGUUAGCAGUGAGCCUGAGUUUAUUUGCAUCUAGAGUACAAGAAAUCCGUGUUCCCUUGCAGGAGCAUCAUGAUCUUUUAUUGGCUGCUUUACCUGCUGUUGAAUCUGUUCUUGAGAGGUUCGCUGAUGUUCUAAAUCGAUAUGAGCUUGCUUCUGCACUUUUUUAUCAGGCUGACCAAGACAGGUCUAACCUUAUUGUGCGUGAGACAUCUGCAAAGGCAAUUGUGGCUGAAGCAACUUGUAAUUCAGAGAAAAUCCGUGCCUCAUUUGAAGUUCAGGCUCGGGAAUUUGCACAAGCAAAGGCCCUAAUAACUGAGAAAGCUCAAGAAGCAACAACUUGGAUAGAACAACAUGGGAGGAUCCUUGAUGCUUUACGAGGCAACCUAAUCCCAGAAAUAAAUACCUGCAUUAAAUUGAGUGGUCUGUCAGAUGCAUUAUCUCUUACAUCUGCUGUUCUUGUUGCUGGGGUUCCAUUCACUAUAGUUCCUGAGCCCACGCAAGUACAGUGCCAUGAUAUAGAUAAGGAAGUCUCCCAGCUAAUAGCUGAACUGGAUCAGGGACUCUCAUCUGCCUCAGUUGCUCUCCAAGCAUAUGCUUUAGCCUUGCAAAGAAUCCUACCUCUAAAUUACCUUACAACCAGUUCGGUGCAUAGUUGGGCACAAGUUCUGCAGUUGUCUGCUAAUGCUCUUUCUGCUGAUAUCCUUGCUCUUGCUAGAAGACAGGCUGCUGAACUCAUUGUGAAAAUACAUGGAGAGAAUCUUGAUUCUAUCAAACACAAUCAUGAACAACUUUGUCUUGAAGUGGAAAAGUAUGGGUUGGAGAUAGAAAAAGUUGAAAAAGAGUGUGCUGAGUUAGUCAACUCUAUUGGCUCAGAAACUGAAUCAAAAGCUAAGGAUCGAUUUCUAUCUGCUUUCACAAAGUAUAUGAAGUCUGCAGAUCUUUUAAGGAAAGAAUACGCUAAUUCUUCGUAUCAGUCUGGACAACUUAAAUAUGAUGGGACAAAAGAUGCCAGGUUGCAGGGGACUCAGGAAGAGAACAAGGAAAGAGUAUUAUCUGUUAUGAAUAUUGCUGUAAGCCAUUUGUAUGAGGAGGUCAAGCGUAGGGUCCUUGAAAAUUUUAGUGGCACUGUUAGGGUAAUGAGAGGAAGCAAUAGGUUGAGAUCUGAUUUUGGAACUAUCUUCUCUGAUUUUGAAGAGCAAGUAGAGAAAUGUAUACUUGUAGCAGAGUUUGUCAAUGAACUCUGGCAAAUUAUUGGCAGGGACAUGUCUAAUGAUGAUGCAGAUGUAGACCGUCCAAAAUAUCAUCCUGAAAAAAAUUGGGCCUCUAUCUUUAAAACCAGUUUAGUUUCCUGUAAGAACUUGGUUGGCAAAAUGACUGAAGUUGUUCUACCAGAUGUAAUGAGAUCUGCUAUUUCAUUCAAUUCAGAAGUUAUGGAUGCAUUCGGUUCAAUCUCACAAAUCAGGGGGUCCAUUGAUACUGCAAUUGAACUGCUUGUAGAGGUUGAAUUAGAGAGAGCAUCCCUGGUUGAACUGGAACAGAACUACUUUGUCAAAGUUGGUCUCAUUACUGAGCAGCAAUUGGCCCUUGAAGAAGCUGCUGUGAAGGGUAGGGAUCAUCUAUCUUGGGAAGAGGCAGAGGAGCUUGCCUCACAAGAAGAAGCCUGUAGAGCAGAGCUUAACCAACUCCAUCAAACUUGGAAUCAUAGGGACGUGCGAAGUUCCUCCCUCCUGAAGCAAGAAGCUGAUGUUAGAAAUGCCUUGGUUUCUUCAGAGCGCCAUUUUCAAUCUUUAAUAGGUGCUGAAGAGUCUAGUGAGCCACAUGUUUUGAGAAGCAAAGCACUAUUGACCAUGCUUGUUAAGCCCUUUUCUGAGUUGGAAUCAGUUGAUAAAACAUUAGCCUCCUUCAGGUCUUUUGAUUCUAAAUCAGAUAGGAUUCCUAAAUUAGCAGAGCUGAUGACUUCUGGGCGUUCAAUAUCUGAAUGUAUCUGGAAUUUUGGCAGCCUGUUGAGCAACCACUCUUUCUUUAUUUGGAAAAUGGGUAUAGUGGAUUCAUUUCUCGAUUCAUGCAUACAUGAUGUGGCAUCAUAUGUUGAUCAAAAUUUAGGAUUUGACCAGCUGUUCAAUGUUGUGAAGAAAAAGCUUGAAGUCCAACUUCAAGAACAUGUUGGUCAAUACUUGAAAGAACGAGUUGCUCCUGGUUUGUCGGCUUUGUUAGAUAAAGAAAUUGAGAAUUUGAAGAAAUUGGCUGAGGGAACAAAGGAACUUACAGCCGAGGAAGUUAAAAAGGAAACUGAGGCUGUGAGAAGGGUCCAACUAUUGCUUGAUGAAUAUUGUAAUGUGCAUGAAACAGCUAGAGCAGCAAGAACAGCUGCUUUCCUGAUGAAAAGGCAGGUGAAUGAGCUCAGGGAGGCUCUUCUCAAGACUAGCCUAGAGAUUGUCCAAAUGGAGUGGAUGCAUGAUGUUGUUUUAACCCCCUCAUAUAAUAGUAAGAUAAUAUAUCAGAGAUGUUUUCCCAGUGAUGAUAACAUAACUCCGAUUAUUUUAAACCUCAGCAGACCAAAAUUGCUGGAAACUAUACAGUCUGCUGUCUCAAAAACAGCUAGAUCAAUUGAGUGCCUGCAAGCUUGUGAACGAACUUCUCUCACCGCUGAGGGGCAGCUUGAGAGAGCAAUGGGGUGGGCUUGUGGUGGGCCAAAUUCUGGUGCAGCCGGAAAUUCUUCAACCAAGCCUUCAGGAAUUCCACAUGAAUUCCAUGACCAUUUGAUGAGGCGUCGACAACUACUAUGGGAAGCUAGAGAAAAGGCAUCUGAUAUUGUCAAAAUAUGCAUGUUAAUACUGGAUUUCGAAUUGUCAAGAGAUGGUAUUUUUCAGAUUCCAGGAGAGAUUUAUCCCUUGAGAGGUGGUGGUGAUGGAAGGACAUGGCAGCAGGCUUACUUAAAUGCACUAACAAAACUGGAGGUUGCUUAUCAUUCAUUCACAUGUACCGAACAAGAGUGGAAGCUUGCACAAAGCAGCAUGGAAUCUGCAUCUAAUGGCUUGUAUUCUGCUACAAACGAACUUUGCAUUGCCUCCCUUAAAGCAAAGUCAGCUUCAGGUGAUUUACAAAACACUGUUCUUGCAAUGAGGGAUUGUGCAUAUGAAGCCAGUGUUGCCCUAUCUGCAUUUGGUCGUGUAUCAAGGAGCCAUACUGCUUUGACCUCCGAAUCUGGUUCCAUGCUUGAAGAAGUUCUGGCAAUCACGGAAGACCUGCAUGAUGUUCACAGUUUGGGGAAGGAGGCUGCUGCAGUGCACCAUUCUCUUAUGGAGGACCUUUCGAAGGCAAAUUCCAUCCUUCUUCCACUUGAAUCUGUUUUGUCUAAAGAUGUUACUGCCAUGACUGAUGCUAUGGCUAGUGAGAAAGAGACCAAGAUGGAAGUUUCUCCUAUUCAUGGACAAGCUAUAUAUCAGUCUUAUGGUCUUAGAGUGAGGGAGGCAUUUCAGAUCUUUAAGCCCUUGCUUCCAUCACUUGUGCUUUCUGUAAAGGGGCUAUAUUCAAUGCUUACAAGACUUGCACGAACUGCAAGUCUCCAUGCUGGCAAUCUUCAUAAAGCUCUUGAAGGACUAGGAGAAAGCCAAGAAGUAAAAUCACAGGGAAUUAGUCUGUCAAGGCCAGACCUCGCUGCUGCUGAUACUUCCCAAUUCGAUGAGAAAGAGAGAGAAGAUCUCUCUAGAUCUGAUAGUGAGAGCACUAAAGAGGAUCUUCUUGGUGUUGCUGGACUCUCUUCCGAAGAUAAAGGAUGGAUAUCUCCUCCAGAUAGCAUCUAUAGCAGCAGCUCUGAGUCUGGCGUCACCUCAGGUGAAGCAAGUCUUCCAGACUUCAACAACCCUGAAGAAUUGAUAACACAACAUUCACAUGAGGAGGAUGAGUAUCGGCCAAGUUCUAUUCCGUCCUCGCAAACUGAUCUCCAAUCACACUCUUGGCCAUUGGCUGUGGACAAUGGUGAUAAUGGUUCUGUCAAGUCAAACAUUAAUGAACCAAAUGUAAAUCUGGAAGCUGUAAAAUCACAAGAUUAUGAAGCUGCAAGUGUGCCUGGUGGAAGUUUACAACCAUUGAAUAAUUCAGUGGUGACUGUUGGAGUUAAAGAUGAACUAUCCUCAUUAAACAAAGUUAAGAUUAAUGAGGAAAAUAAUGAAGAUCCUAUUCCUAAUGCACGUGCUGUUAUCCAAGUUUCCAGGGGUAAAAAUGCUUAUGCAUUAGCAGUAUUACAGCGUGUUGAGAUGAAACUUGAUGGUGGAGAUAUUGCUGAGAACAGGGAGAUCAGCAUCGCAGAGCAAGUAGAUUAUCUACUCAAGCAAGCAUCAAGUGUGGAUAAUCUUUGCAAUAUGUACGAAGGAUGGACACCAUGGAUUUGAACAUGUGAAGCCAUUUACAUACGAAGCAUGUUAGAGCCAUUUCAAUUACUAGUCUCACUGACUUGAGCUUGUGUCUGAAACUCUCCGUUUCUCAGGGAGUAAGCCUUCUGCAAAGAGAAUUAUCUCUUGGCUUCAGGGCCCUGGCAUUUCGGCUGAGGAAUCUGCUAUGAAAUGGUACCAGCUUGCUUAAAAAGGUGCUAUCUAAUCAUCCUCUAUCUGGUACUGAUUUCCUUCAAGGGAAAAUUUGUGAGACUGAGGGUUUUCUCCAAUCCUUUAUUGGUAUCUCUUUUUAAAAGGCUCCGCCAUGUGACAAUUUCAAGAUGGAAAAUACCUCAGUGCUCUAAGAUGAAUUCGAAUUCGAUGACUACUCAAAGUGCUUACUCUUGCCUUUCCCACAGCUUGAAACCCCCCCAAGAUGUUAUAAUAAUAUCCGCUGCUGCACAUACGGAAGUUAGUUUUCCGAAGGUCUCAACUUCGUCACCUCAUUGCCCGUGCUAUUCAAGUGAGAAAUUUGCUGAGUCAAAACUGCAUCCCGAGUGAAGGCACUAAGUUGGACAUUAAAGAUUCGUGAGUAUUCACUGCUUGAAACGAGUACAAAUCUGAUGCCUAAAUCACCCCCUUAUUCAUGUACAAUCCUGUCACAUUGAUGAAACACAAGAACUUAAGAAGCUUAUGGUGCAUGCUAUUCUGUGAUAUACUGUAAUAUCUACUCGUGAAUUAUCGCUAUUGUCAAGAGUGAAGGGGUGCUUUUUUA